CUUUUCCGGAAAAUGCGUUUCCUUGUGUGUCAUAUGCGAAGCAAAGGGAAGAACAGAUAGAUAGACCGACCGGAGAUAAGAACCGAAUAAAAAUACUACAUUUCCGACGGUGGACAUACCCCAUUAAUUUGAAUUAUAAAUGGUUUCCGUGCCCAAUAUCACCCAGGUACCUUUAUGCUAAAUUUAGCGGCCGUAUUGUGUCUGUGUUUGUUUAGCUAGCUGUUAUCACGUCGCUAUCUGACUGCAGCCCCCCCUGCUCUCCAAACACACCGCCUUUGUGGCUAUGAGUACGGAUUUACUAUCUGAUUUGGACACUCGUUUCUUCGCUGAUAACCUCCUGACAAGCGAAGACUGGGAUGCCUGCCUGUACCAGUGUGAGAGCAUGGAGGAGGGGGAGGACGGGGACUUCAGCCGAGGGCUGAAAUACGAACCAUCGUUUGACAAUGACCUCGUGCUCACCCUCGAUCCUGACAACCCCACGUCGCCGUGGCGACACCUCGACGACAACCUUCUCACAGGGGAAACUCCUGUGAUAAAAAAUGAAAUGACCAUUACUCAACCAUUACCAGUGGAAAUGUUGUUCCACGUGAAAGCAGAGCCUCCCUCUCCUGCAUCCUCACUCGGGUCUGACUGCUCAGCAUUAUCUCCAGAUCCACAGAUCAUAGUUAAAGGUGAAAACCCUCCGACUCCUCCGUACAUGUAUGGAGACGUGCUUUCUCCUCCGCUGGGGUCCAUGGAGAUCACCGUGGCAACAACAGCCGUACCCCCACCACAGACGCAGCUACAGACGCCGUUAACAACACAGAUCCCAGCAGUCAUCAGUGGAAUACAGUCGCAGGCUACAGUUCUGCCGAGUUCGGCCACAUUAAAGGCCAGCACCAUCCUGAGCACCAAACCUCCCAUCCAGCCCAGACCAGUGUGUGUCACCACCCUCCCCGUCCCCCAGACCCCCGCACCGGCCAAGACCCUCAUACUGCAGGGCCUCCCCUCCAUGGACCAGACCAGACCUGUCGUCCUGUCUCAGUCCGUCUGCCUCGGUUCAGCUCCGGCCAUCGUCAAAAUGGAGCCCGUCUCUCCCAGCAUCCCCCAGCACUGCUCCAGCCCCACGGCUCCGCCCACCAGCAAACCCAUCGUCCCAGCGGCGACGUUACCCGGCAACAACUCCAACGACAUCGAUGUGAGAAGGCUGGAUAUGAAGGUGCUGAAGCGGCAGCAGAGGAUGAUAAAGAACCGGGAGUCGGCCUGCCAGUCGAGGAAGAAGAAGAAGGAGUACCUGCAGAACCUGGAGUCUCAGCUCAGGGAGGCCCAGCAGGAGAACGAACGUCUCCGCCGAGAGAACCAGGCGCUGAGGGAGAGACUGGCGGGGAAAGAGGGCAGCGAAUCGGCGAACAACAAGAGAGCCGUGUGCGUCAUGGCCGUCCUGCUGUUCAUGACCUUCAGCUUCGGACCCGUCAGCAUCACAGACAGGAAGCUGUCGGGCCUACAGGACGGCGUGGUGUCGUAUACGGGACGACGACUGCUGGAGAUCGAACAACAACAACAACAACAACAACAAUACCAGCAGCAGCAGCAGGAGGCAGCUGCUCAGCCUCCAAGCAGAGUGGAGGACAAAACAGAGACAGAGGAGGAAGGUGGAGACGAGGCUGCAGAGUCGUAUCCAUUCAGGAACCUGAGUGAUGUGUUCAGUGACAUGAAGGACUUGGUGCUGCAGGACAUCGAUCGUUACUUCACCUCCUCAGACUGCAGACAGUUCAACCGCUCCGAGUCUCUCAGGCUGGCAGAUGAGUUGAGAGGUUGGGUCCGCCGACACCAGAUCGACAGGAAGAAAUCUGGAGGAAAACCAAAAAUCGCCAAGAAGGCCAAGAUCGCCCAGAAAGCUCAGCUGAGGAAGACAAACUUCUCCAGAUAUCUGCCGAUCCAGACUCACCGCUCCAUAGAAAGUCAGCUGCAGGUGCUUCCUGGUCCUGAGGUCACCUACAGUGACUUCCUGGACGCCAUCGACCGCAGAGAGGACACUUUCUACGUCGUCUCUUUCAGACGGGAUCACCUGUUGUUACCGGCCAUCAGCCACAAUAAGACCAGCAGACCUAAAAUGUCUCUGGUGAUGCCAGCCAUGUCUGUGAACGAGAGUCUGUAUAACUCCUCUCAGGGUUACGAGAUGAUGAUGCAGGUCGACUGUGAGGUCAUGGACACCCGCAUCGUCCCCAUCAAGUCCUCCGCCGUCCCGCCGUCUCUCCGCGACCCGCCUCCGCCUCCCCCCUCCUCCCACCACAACCCUCACCAUCACCACGGCAACCACACCUCGCUGCGAGGGCGCCACCAGCAUCACCCCUCCUCUUCCUCCUCGCCAUCUUCCUCCUCAUCGUCAUCAUCUCCGAGGCAACCUUUACCCGCCCGCCAACGGACAGCGGAAUAUUUAAUCAGCCAAUCAGAAGGGGUCUGAUGAGGCGUCACCAUGGCGAUGGUGGAAAGAAGAGAAGGAGACGAACAUUCAAACCUUGAGACGGAUAUCUUUAAAAAUAUCUUCAUCAUCCCUGCGACAGGUAACAAAUACACAUCUCUUGUUUCUGGGAAAGUUUCCUGAAAAGCGACAGUUUGAGAAAACCUCCGUGAAACGCCUGCAAAAGGAUUUGAAUCAGUAAUUCAAGCUCUUACUGUUUAAAACCUGUCAACAGAGCAGAGUUACUGUCACCAGAUGUUUAGAGUGUGAGGCUGAAAACUUAAAUAAAAGCCUCUUUAGAAAAUAAUGUCCUUCUAUAUAAGAAUAUAUUUCUAAAAAUGAGUCGGACGCAGACACUGCAGCACACUGCACUUGGAAAUAGUGCUGCGUUUUAAUAUUUAAUUGUGAAAAUGUACAGUUUGAAUGAAGUGUAGAGACAGGAAGCUGUCGGGGUGGUUUAUGUGGGCACCGACGUGCCGAGAUGACCGGCUGAAAGUUGAUUUUACGUCAUCUUAAAAGACGGUUUUGUGUUUUAGCUCCUUAACAGACUGCCACUGGUCAACUCAGCGUGUUGUAACCGGUUCGGCCCACAGGUGGCACCGCAGGGCUGCACAGUUACAGUUCAAAGGAAAACCUUUCGAGAUAUCAGGAUCAAUAUCUCAUCUGUUCUAAUUCAUUCAGAAUGAAAACUUUUAAUUAGCAAUAAAUCAUUAUUAAUAAUUAAUUUAUUAAUAAUGGGAACUAAAAGCAUCAGUUGUAACUGUGCAGCUCCAGCAGGAAAUGAAAGCGUUUUCCGUGCCACUGCUGACGCUCCCACUCUCAGCAGUGGUUUCUGCGGAGUUUGCAUUUGUAUACGUGUGUUGUUGUGGUGAUUAGACGACAUGUAGGGAGGAAGAAAGCAGAAAACAUGUAGUCUGGAUGUUUGAUAUCAGUUCUGAUGGCUGCUGCGUGAACUUGGAUCUUAAUGUUAGGUGGAAGAAAAUAUAUUUACUGCUUCUGGAACGAUACCUGUGAGUUUAAAACACCUGAUAACAAUAUAUCCGUCUAUAUUAUUUAUUAAAAUAUCACAUGAUAUAAAAAGUUUUGAUAAGGAUCCCUUAAAGUUUGUUAUUAAAGAAUAUGAAGUGAGCAGGAUUUGCAGGAAACACAUCUUUGACGUUUCUCGUUAAUCAUUGGACACUCAAAGCUUCUACCGAUCGACCUGUGAUUAGCUUGUAUUGAUCUGGCUCUAGAGGAAGCAACAUCUUUCAGUUGCUGACAGAAGCUCUAACAGCUGAAACAUUUAGCUUUUUAAUGUUCUUCACAAAGAGGAGCUGAUUUUUGUCAUUCAUGUAGCUUCUUUUAAAUGUUUAAAUCUCAAAGGAGCUGGAAGGUUGUUUUGGCCCUAACAAAAAGCUGCUCACAGCUGAAACAAUCAGCCGAUCGAUUAGUUUAUAAUUUUUCUGUCUGUAAACUAAUUAACAACUUUUUGGUAGUCGAUUUAAUCAUUUUAGUCAUUUCUUCAAGUCUAAAUGCCAAAUAUUUGCUGGUUGUAGCUUCUCAAAUGUGAGAAUUUGCUGCUUUUCUUUGUCACGUAUCAUUGUAAAUUUAAUAUCCAUUUGGAUUUUGGAAAAAACUUGAUAGAAUAAUAGGCAAAUUAAUCCAGCAAAAGAAAAUGAAAUAGAUAUUUGUAGUCCUAGCUAAUGUGUGUAAACGUCUCUGCAGCUCUUAUUUUGUAAGGACAGGCUGUAAGAUGCUCUUCAAACUUCCUGUGAAUUAUUUCAAGCACUCAAAAAAAAAAAUUGUAUGAAAAAGUACUCUGAUGUUUACUCGAGUAAAAGAUGACAAUGGAAAACUAAUUCCAAAUGUUACAGAAGGACUGCAUGCUUCUGUUACAGCGUCCAGUAGAUCUUCAAAUUUGAUACUGCAAAGAUCCUGUGUGAGGUGAAGGGACAGGUGCAUGCAGGUGUUGUAAAAACAACAGGAAGUUAGUUAUUGUGGUUUGGCUGCUUAUCAACAAGACCCAGUCGCACUUUGCCCUAAAAAAAAUUGCACUCCUUCUCUGAGUCAUAACUUCUGCUUAGAAAUCAGAUGCUUCGUAUAACUCCAGAACUUGCCUGAGAAUCAUCACGUUUUUAAGUUUUCUUCAGUAUCAGAGUAAUCCGGUGAUAAGUGUCUGUGCAUCCGUGGGUGCACUGCAGACAGGAGCUGCUAAUAGCUAAUUCGGCAGACUUUUGAUGCCACCAAUUGGCCAAAAAGUAAACAAAUAUAUGCUAACAACAGUCGAAAAAACUCAAAGGAGAAGCUGUGACCUGCAAAUGUUUGGCAUUUUUACUAAUCGUUCAACAAAAUUGUCAUCAAAUUUCAAAUCAGCUGAUUUUCGUCUCUGUCUGACAAACACAUGAACUCAGGGUGCUGAUGGAUUUUUGUUACUCAGUAGGUGAGCAGCAGAGCAGCGCUAGAUGUUUAGUGCCUUGCUCAAAGACUCUUUGCCCUCCUGUUCACUAAGAUCAUACUUCACGUGGCAUCCGUCAGAUUUAUUCAUGUUUAUUUUUUUACAGAAAAAUCUUGUUUUGAAUGGGGAUUAUUUAAUAGUUGUAAAUAUCAGCGUUCACUUUGUAGAUAUUUUGUUUGUUUUUGUCGCCUUUUUUAUAAUUUUUUAUUUCUUUGUCUUUUGACAACAAAACAUAAAAGAAAAUAAAAAUUAAAAAAAGAAAUAAAGUGGUUCCUGGAAUAAUGAGAUUUGCAGUGAAUAAAAAAUAACGGACUGUUGAAUUUUAUUUUUGUGUUCAGUGGACCAACCACCUUCCGUCUCUAUGCUCAUAGUAUGAACUCAGGAUAUUCUGUCCUGAUACAGUAUAUUUAUGGAAAUAUAUACACAGAUUUCGUUUUUUAUUGUACAGAAUAAACUAAAGUUCCAGUUCCUCCUGUAACUACAUAUGAUCUUUUUUGUUUUAAAAAGUUACUUACUCUUUACUGCCAAAACAAGUCACAAUAAUUGAGGCUCUUUGACGUGGCGGUGACAAUGACUGAAUUUCUUUUUUACUUGUAAAAUGGAGUUUGUAUAAAAUAACACUUUCUGCUUUUUCCUUUGACCAAACUAUCUUUUCUCCUUCUCGUCUUUGCGUUUUUGCCGCUCGUGUAUCGAAUCUUCUCAUCAAAUCUUAUAGAAUCGAAACACUUUUGAAUUUGUAAAAGUUUAAACGGUCACUCCAAAAAGUUUACAAAUCAAGAUCAGUUUACUCUGCAUUAUGGGAAAUGUAGGCUCUGGAGAGAGCUUUCCAAAAGUCUGAAAAAGUAACCCAGGUGACGUCAUCUUUUUUUGUGUCUCUUUACUUGCCCCAACUUCACAGAAGUGCAAUAUUGAAUUGUUGGAGUGUCCCUUUAAGAGUUCACUAGUUUAAUGCAACAAAACGUAAAACUAUAAAACACAAAGAUUGACAAUCAAACAGCUAAAACUUGAGGUUUACCAUUCACAUGUUUGCCAUUUAGCAAAAGAACUUCCUGAAUAUUUUGUAUUUGCUAAGAAAACGUGGAGGAAACAAGAUUCAAUAAGAGAAGAAAAUAUUCAGAUUUUUUUUUUUUUUUUUAAAUGCGCUUAUUCGUUUUGUUGCCAAGACUUCACUGUUUUACAGGAAGUUAAGAAAUAGUCCGACACAUAAGCCCCCCGUUAACAAACAAGAUAUAAUGUGUUAUUCGGUGAGCUGUAGAGCUGCUGGUAGCUGGAUUUUGUUACUUUUGACCAGAGCCAGGCUAGCAGUUUCCCCGUUUCCAGUCCUUAUGCUAAGCUAAGCUAACCGGCUGCUGGUUGUAGCUUCAUAUUCACCGUACAGACGUGAGAGUGGCAUCUAUCUGAACAUCUAACUCUUGAAAAAGCACAUUUCCCAAAAUGUCGCACUAUUACUUUAAGUAAUCUGAGUAUUUCACCAACUGGGCCCGCCUGACGAAACCCAAUCUUACUCCUGUAAAAACUAAAAUAGAAUAAUUACACGGAGAAGACGCUGCUGACUCCCUCUGUCCAAACUGUCUUUGUCUUUGACUCUGGUUUCCUUUUCUUUUCGUUUGUGAAGCUCUUUGACGUCUGUCGUUUCCGGCCCGCUGCGCUGCACGCUCCUCAUCCGCGUCUGGGGGGAAAAAUGUAAAACAUAUUCUACCGUGUGUUUUUUUUUUGUCAUUUUUUUAUACUGAAGAAUUUGUAACUUUUUGUUUAAAGAAAUGCAAAGAUGGGAGAAAAGUGGAUACGAAGUUAAAUGUGGGUUUUGAAGAGUGUGGGUGGGAAACAACUGAGUCAUGUUCUUAUGAAACACCACUGUUUGUUCUUGGUUUAAAAACAAGGAUUGUAUGCAAAUGUUUGGGCAAUAAUGGCAAUAUUUCUCAUCUGGUUGGUGGUUGUUAACUGGCAGGGACAAAGUUUUUACUUCCUGCCUGAAAUGGUUUUUUGUGAGGUUUUAGUCACUGUUACAGUUUCUAACUUUGCAGCAGAACCAAAGCAACGCAAAGGGAUUUUAUUUUGGUGCAUGAAGGCUGUAGCUGGGUAUCUGGCUGCAGCUAAUGGUUAUUUUCUCAAUAAAUUGAUGAAUCGUUUGGGUCAUAAACUGUCAGAAAAUAUUUUAAAAUGCCAAUUGAAAUGACCCAAAAGAGAAAACCAGCAAAUAUUAACUUUUGAGCAGCCGAAAUCAAAGAAUCUUUGGCAUUUUUGCUUAAAAAAUAAACAAAUAUCAAACUAGAUGUGGAUUCAUUUUUUCUGUUGAUAGACUAAUCAGUACUAAGACUAAUCCUUUCAGCUCUAAAGUCAAGUAUCUAACAUCUGGCCAGUUGAAUUAGCCUUUUGGCUAACGCUGGCACAUUACAGUGAUGCUGAUUAAUGAGCAUUGUCCCUAUAACAAAUUAAAAAACUGAAACUACUCAAAGUUGGCAGAGAUUUCUUGAUUUAAAUUGUAAAAGUUCUUUCUGUUAAAGAAAGAAAAACGAAGUCAAGGUGCUCACGAAGACAUUAAACACUAAAUUAAAAAAAAUAAAAUGUGACUGACGUUUGAUUGAGGCAGAAUUUGAGUUAAGAACCACCGACCUGAUCAGACAUUCACUUCAGCUUGUUUUAUUAUUAUUAUUUUUUACUAUCAGACCUUUUAAAAAGGAGUGAACACAGCUGAACACAUGCAACCUGUGGUGACUAAAGGUAACGAUGUAAAUAUGUUAUAUACAGUAUGCCUUUGUCGUUUUUGUUUAUUUAAAUGGAUACAAAUCAUAAAUACGUAGAUAAAUCAUUCUAAUUCCAUCCCCUCUCAUGAAAUGACACAUCUGAACUGUUGAAAUGUUUGUAGGAAAUGAAGCGUUGAAUUUGAUAAAGAUAUAAUAAACUAAA